AUGUCGACGGAAGAUGCACCGUUACUCUCAGAUGAGAUCUCCGAUAACCUCAAUCCUACCAAAUCCAACGAUGACACGACCACAGCUUCACCAUACUCGGCUGACGCCUUUCCUGAGAACACAGCUUUCGCAAAAAGGCUGGUUAGAAAGAUAGAUCUAAGACUCAUGCCAUUGAUGUUUAUAACGUUUAAUUUCAAUUACAUUGAUAAAAGCGUCUUGAGCACUGCCGCUGUGUUUGGGUUGGUUGGGGAUACGCAUCUAGUAAACGGCCAGUUCAGUUCCAUCUCCAGUGUCUUCUAUUUUGGCUAUCUUUUAUGGGAAUACCCCGGCGUCUAUCUCAUCCAAACCCUCCCCGUUGCAAAAUACAUUGCAGCGGAUAUUGUGAUCUGGGGAAUCAUUGUUGCAAGUACGGCCUCCUGUACCUCUUAUCAGGGAUUAAUGGUAGCGAGGUUAUUCACGGGAAUGGUGGAAUCAAGUAUAAGUCCGGCAUUUCUGUAUGUUACGAGUGUGUGGUAUACGAGAGAUGAAAUGCCUAGUCGUAUGGGGUUGUGGUAUGCGGGGAAUUCUUUUGGCGGCGCCGUUGCUAGUUUGCUCUCUUUUGGAAUCGGACAGAUUCAUUCUUCAUUGAAACCUUGGAAGCUGUUAUAUAUUAUAUUUGGAUCAGCAACAGCUAUAUGGGGCUUUAUUGUCCUCAUUUUCCUACCAGAUACUAUCUCCAGAGCCAAGUUUCUCACCCCCGAGGAAAAGAAAUAUGCAGAGGAGAGAGUUCGUGUAGCAGGGACUGGAAUUACUAUGUCUAUCAAAAAUGAAUGGAAAGGCGAACAAGCUAUCGAGUGUCUACUUGAUCCAAAAACUUGGUUUUGCGUUUUCAUUUCCCUAUUCACCAUGAUUCCGAAUGGAGGAACAACCAGUUUCGCAAACAUUCUCAUAACAAGCUUUGGAUUUACCGGUCUUCAAUCAACUCUCAUCUCCCUCCCAUCUUCUCUAAUUUCUUUUCUCACAAUCGUGAUAUCUGGAUAUCUCGCGUCCCGCUAUCGCAAUACCACGACUCUCCUUCUCCCUACUCUACUUUUACCCCCUACUAUCGGCGCAAGCCUCAUGAAUUGGGCUCCUCUGAAUUCGUUAAAACUCACGGGGUUCUACCUAAUCGGUUUCUCUUACGCUACUAUCCCAUUAACAAUGAGUCUUCUAGGAGCGAAUACAAGAGGGACAACGAAAAAAAUGACAAUGAGUGCGUGUAUGUUUGUGGCGUAUUGUGUGGGAAAUAUGUUGGGCCCGCAUAUUUUUGGUGGUAAGGAGAGAGAUAUGGGGUUUGGGAGAGGAUUUGCGGUUUGUUUGGGAUGUUAUUUUUUGUCUGCGGGAAUGGCAGUGGGUAUGAGAGUGUAUUUGAAGCGAAUUAAUGCGAGGAGAGAUAGAGAGGAAUGGGGCUUGGAGUCUGAGGAUCAGGGUGAGGGAACAGAGGGAGAGGGGAACAUGGGUGGGGAUCUUACGGAUCUUCAAACCCGAGGGUUUAGAUAUAGAUUAUAA